GAUGGUCUGGAACACCCACACGAUUAAAUUGGUGAAGAAUCUAACGACACUUUGCUUCAGCACGUUUUAAACUAUGACGGUGCAAGCUUUGAAGAACCCACUAGUGUAGUUUGGCAACUAGCAAAAACUCGAACACCCACUUUGAGCAUUAAAUCUGCAAGCCUAACCUUUAUUGACUUCAUAUUUGUGGUGUCAAACUUGUUCGAGAUCAACCCACAAGAAUCCACGUGUUGGUGAGCCUAGCUUUGUGGCUUCGACGACGCUCGGUAUCGGUUGAAUAGAACUUAGGAGCGGAUUAGGACCUUUUGUAACUAGUUCUUACUUGCAAUUCCAACUGCUCAACCACGUGAUAGAGCGAUGCACAUUCCAGCUUCACAUGAGGAGGAAGAUGAUCACGGUGAGGUCUUUCUUGAUGAAUCUGACAUAAUCGAGGAAGUUGUGGUUGAUGAGGAAGAUCUUCCUGAUGCUGCUGAUGAAGAAGGCUCUGAUGAUGAAUUUGUCGAUGAGGCCGAUGAUUCAGUUCAUACUUUUACUGGCCAUACUGGCGAGGUUUACACGGUGGCUUGUAGUCCAGUAGAUGCUGCUUUAGUUGCAACAGGUGGUGGAGAUGACAAAGGAUUCAUGUGGAAGAUUGGCCGAGGAGAUUUUGCACAGGAGCUUAGUGGUCACAAGGAUUCUGUGUCUAGCUUAGCAUUUAGUACAGAUGGACAAUUACUUGCAUCAGGGAGUUUUGAUGGACUUAUCCAAAUUUGGGACAUUUCCUCGGGGAAUCUUAAAUGCACACUUGAAGGUCCAGGAGGGGGAAUUGAGUGGGUAAGGUGGCAUCCCAGAGGACAUCUGGUUUUGGCUGGUUCUGAGGAUUCCUCCGUUUGGAUGUGGAAUGCUGAUAGAGGUGUCUAUCUUAAUAUAUUUUCUGGUCACGGUGCUAGUGUUACCUGCGGUGAUUUUACCCCUGAUGGUAAAAUGAUUUGCACGGGUUCUGAUGAUGCAACGAUGAGGAUAUGGAAUCCAAGAAGUGGUGAGAAUAUUCACGUUAUGAGAGGUCAUCCCUGUCACACAGAAGGAUUGACUUCCUUAGCACUCAGUUCCGAUUCAACCCUUGCUUUUUCUGGUUCAAAAGAUGGUUCUGUUCAUAUUGUGAAUAUAGCAACUGGAAAGGUGGUAAAUUCUCUAGUUUCCCAUUCGGAUUCAAUUGAGUGCAUUGGUCUAGCGCCAAGCUCCCCUUGGGCUGCAACUGGAGGAAUGGAUCAGAAGCUCAUCAUUUGGGAUCUUCGACACUCGUUGCCACGCACUACAUGCAUGCAUGAGGAUGGAGUAACGUGCUUGACAUGGAUUGGCACAUCAAGAUACCUUGCAACUGGAUGUGUCGAUGGUCGAGUACGAAUAUGGGAUAGUCUCUCUGGAGAAUGUGUAAGGACUUUCACUGGGCACUCUGAUGCCAUCCAAUCUCUCUCGAUAUCUGCCAAUCAUGAAUACCUUGUUUCUGUUGCUCUCGAUAAUACAGCUCGGGUUUUUGAGAUUGCAGAGUAUCAUUAAGUAGGAUCUUCAUACUAACUUUCAAUGUUACAAGUUGUGAUCCCAUUGUUGAUUCAUCCGUAAUGACGAGUUUAUACCAUUUUAUGA